GAUCUUUGAGGAGUGAAGUAACACAGAGCUACAAGGACCGACCAGAGGAGCGACUCUCUGUAAUCUAAUUAUCCAAUUUGCUUGAUGCGGUGCAAUCGUACAGACGGGAUGCCUCGUGGAGAUUUCAACAUUUAUUUUGCUAGCAGCAGAGGGGGAUACGUCCGAGCUGAGGAGGCGGUGGGCAUAGUUCUGCUGGUGGUAAUCCUGGCAGCUGUCUUCAUCCUGGGCUGCUGGUACUUUAAGAAGAGGAGUGGCUACAAAAUAAUCAGGAGCCCUAGAUCAGGGUCACCAAGUCACACAGGAGGCCAGUACUCAGAGGCAGGACCUUCAGAUGAUAACAAGAUGGCACUAACUGACUUCGGCAGUUUCCGACCUAUGGUUCCUAAUGCUCCUCCCGCCUAUGAGAAGAUUUCCUCAGGGCCGCUGCCUCCUCCCUAUUCCCCCUAAAGGACUUCUGAAGAAGACGGACAGAUGAAGGAAAAUACCAGAGAACAAACUGUUAACUUCCUCGGUUGUCUGAUGAUAGAUAAUCUGAUGGUUUCUUGUGCUUCGUAGCUAAAUAUACCAGUAGAUGAAACUAUUCUAUUCUUCACUUUGUAAAGU